AAUGGAGGCCUGUCACACACACACAGCUAUGGAAGUUCUCUCGAAGCACCGCACCCUCCUGAUUGGCCUGGCCGGGGUGGGGGCCACAAUGGCCGUCACCUGGCUGUUUCUGUCCAGGGGGAAGAAGAAGCAUGUGCGGAAGGUGGGGGAGGUCUCCCAGCUGUUCCUCUAUCCUGUGAAGUCAUGUAAAGGGGUCCCCCUGCAAGAAGCGGAGUGCAGGGACUACGGACUGAAGAACGGAGAGCUCAGGGACAGACAUUGGCUUGUUGUAAAGGAGGACAAAGUUCAUGUUACAGCCAGACAGGAGCCUCGCAUGGUGCUGAUAACGGUCACCUGUGACCGAGGACAUUUAACCCUCAGCGCACCAGGAAUGAAUAAACUGGACAUUCCCUUGAAACUGCUGACAAGCAAUGCAAUUUUCACCUGCAAGGUCCAUGGGAAUGAGGUCUCAGGCAGAGACUGCGGAGACGAAGCCUCUCGCUGGAUCACAAACUUCUUGAAGAGCGUUCAGACGUACCGUAUAGUACAGUUUGAGGACAGGAUGAAGCGCCGGAAUCCGAAGAACGAAUAUCCGGUAUAUAAUGAAAAUGAUCAGGUUGCAUACCCUGACCUUAGCCCCCUCCUGCUACUCUCUGAAGCCUCAUUAGAAGAUCUGAACUCCAAACUGGAAAAUAAAGUCUCCAUCAGAAACUUUCGUCCAAAUAUUGUGGUCUCUGGAUGUGGAGCCUUUGCCGAGGACUCCUGGAAGGAGAUUCAGAUUGCUGAACGUGUGAUGCUGAAACGAGUCAUGCCUUGUCCACGGUGUAUACUGACCACGGUGGAUCCCGACACAGGAAUCAUUAAUAUGAAGGAGCCCCUGGAGACAAUGCGCAGUUACCGGCUGUGUGACACGGCGGAUAAGGAGGUCUAUAAGUCAUCUCCACUCUUUGGACAAUUUGUGAGAAUUCAGAAGACGGGGACAAUCAAAGUUGGAGAUCCUGUAUAUGAGAUAUUCUACUGAAUGCUGAUGAUCACAACCAACCACCAAACCAUUAACUGGACCAAGACUGGCCGUACCUGGAG